UGCCCACUUACCGCACAUUGCGAACUAGAUCUGAAUAUCUAAUUUUUAAUCACUCAACGAACGCGAAAGAGAUCACGGAUUCAAGAUGACCGGCACCGGGUUCCAGUUAUUUCCUCCACCCCCUCGUGCAAGGCAAACGAGCCCAGCCCGAAGACCAUCGCCAGGCAUGAAGCCCUCUGUCCCAGCACCGGUUGUAGAGAGGAAGGACAGUGCGAACCAUAUGGAGGAACCAAUCGACUUUCACGAGCUCGUUAUACAGGUCAACUCAGUCCCUGUAUCGCCGUCGAAUAUGAACAAUGCUGCUCCGGCAAUCACUGCACCACCUCGAGUGCACGUUGCAGCAGCAAGUGGCUCUACAACAGGACCUACGACACCAUCACCGGUCGUGACACAAGAAGACUUCUACCGAGGUCCUUCACCAUCGUUCUCGACACCUCACGCCUACAGUCCUGAACCCAAUCGAGCGGUCUCUCCUGCUUUUUCAACAUGCGAUACACUCGUCCGUAGCAACACCACCGCAACAAGAGCACCCAUAUCACCGCAAGAAGAGAUACAGAUGCGUUCGAUGUUUCCAACAUACAAUCCAAAUCUGCCUCUUGCGCAACAAGCGUACAAACCCACGCAAGCAUCACCGACGCACAUACCAUCGAGCCAAGUCAGCCGUUUGCCGUACUCAGAGCCAUAUGUGCCUUACAGCAGCACCUCUUCAAGAAAUACCAUGGCCGCCAAACCACCACCGAAAACAUUCUUUACACCCUCACACCUACUUGACAAUCUCUGGCUGGCAGCAAACGGGCAAGAAGAGCCAGCGAUUCAGAUCUAUACCCUGAAGAUGCACCGAGCGACAAUGGCGAACCCUACCAUCACCUUUGGAACUACACCGUCUCUUCCAUUCUACAGCCUAGCAACAACAAAUCUCGCUGGCGAAGAUGCUCCCGUACAAAGUAUUAUCAAUGAGUUAUUGAUCCAACGACAUCACCCUACUCAGCCACGAGUACUCCCGAUUGCACAACUCGACCUCAUCUCACCUCCUUCUAUGGACGCCACGAUGUUCGACCCCCAGCAGCAAGAGUCUGCCACACUUCUGACGAGCAUAUACCCGAAGCUCGCAGCUCUUCAAGCCCUGGACGCCGCCGCAAACUCGCCAGCCGCCUCACGCAUCGCUCUAGUCGACCCUGGUGCCCAAUCACCCGCCGCACAGCGACUAGCCGAAGACGUCCUCGCCGAUGCCGCCCAGCGAGAAUGCUGCACACUCCUCUGGACACGCAACGACCCCAAACAACAAGCCAACCCCUGGGCCCAACACAUCCCCUCCGAAGGCUCAUACCAACUUCACCACCCCACGCUCGGAACCUUCCCUGUCCAAAUUGAAGGUGAUUGCUCGCUCAUCAACAAGCCGUCCACCCGCCCAGUCACAGCCAUAUACGGGCACAACAUGCCCUCGGCGCUCGCACUCUCUGGGUCAAAACCAGCUUCGAUUACGCUGCUGAACCCGUACAUACUCUCUACAUCCACACCGCGCACAAACGCUUUCUCCCCCCUCCCACUGCCUCCUCGCUUCGAUGCGCAAAACCGUCCUAUCUCCGCUACACCUUCAACCAUGUCCGUAGCCCAACUCCCCACGACCACAGACGCGACAGCCGACGACGCGAUGCUAGCGCGCCUCGACUUCAGCGCCGACGCUCUAACCCUCAACCUGGGCGCUUUGAGUCGCUUCGGAAACCCAUUCCUCGUCGACAUAGCAACGUCUACGCUGUUGGCUGUUGCGGUCGCGGAAGCCACGCGUGGACGCUCGAGUCGCAAAACUUCUCUUCAGAACUUCGACGCCCCGCCUCCAAAUGACUAUGAGUUGACUACUCCCGAGACCAAGGCGCGGUCUCUCAAAGACAGUUUUGCGAGGGACUGGGAAGGUGUUGAUGUCAGGGACAAGGAGGGAAGACAGAAGAGCGUUGUAGCGCUGGGUUCGGGUUUGAGGAAACUUGUAAUGAGUCUCAAGUCUACGACCGUGGAUGAGACGAGUCAGAGUCAGGCGACGAGUCGGGCUACAUCUCGAGCUCGAGACCGAAAUGCGGAUUUCGAUAAAGACAUCGAGUUGGGUGAGUGGUAUGGGCAGAGCAAGGAGUCGAGCGUCAAGGAAACGAAGGCUGAGAAGAAAGCGAGGAAGGCGGCGGAAAAAGAGGAUCAGCUGCCGUUCAUUGCCCGAGCUCUUGUCGGGACAGUCGUCUUCUUCUUCAAGGCUGUGGUGUGGGUAUUGAGCGUCGUAUUCAAAAUCGUCGCUGGGGUUGUCAAAAUGGUUAUUACGUCGUUCAGUAAGUCUUAGAAGGUAGCGAGAGG